AACAAAAACACCAACAUACAGCGCCCAAAGUAGCUUCGACAGCGGGAUCGAUUGCCGCCAAUAUGUCGCAACGUUCUGGCGCUUUACAAAUGGCUGACUUCUAUUUGGGCGAAUUGGGUUAUGAUAUUGUCAAUGAUAAUGGUUACAAUUGGGAUCCCAAUAAUCGCAUGGCCCCACCAACAAUGCCAUCGCAUGCAUUGACCGGUGGCUAUGUCAUUACACCACAACGUUUGGCCGAAAUACGUUCGUAUUUCAUGUAUUGGUAUUUCGAUCAGGAUAUGUACGGAGGACGUGGUGACUAUCAAUUCGAUAUUCAUGCAUCGACAACACAGAUUCAUAAAAAUUUAAAUUUCCAAUUGCCAUUCUACGGCUUCCGUUUCAAUUAUACGAGGGUUUCCCUCAAUGGCUAUUUGGAAUUCUCCGAUCCUCCAGAGUAUUUCACCUAUCCAUUGGUAUUCCCAGUGAAAGAUUGGCCCAAGAAGAAUGAUCCCUCAUUCAUUGGUAUAUUCUUUUCGAAGUGUCGUGUUGGCCGUAUAUAUCCCACAGAUAUUGAUCAACGUACACCAGGUGUCUAUUUCCGUAUGGAACGUGAUUUGAUGACUCGUACCGACAGAUUUGGUGUUGAAGUUCGUGAACGCACCAUGUGGGAUAUUCGUGAUGGUGUUGUGGGCGCUGAAACAUUUGUUCCGAAACACGUUGUUAUUACUACCUGGAAAAAUGUUUCCUUCGCUGGUGGUAUUGAUAAUUCCUUGUUUACGACCAACACAUUCCAAAUGGUUUUGGCCACGGAUGAAGUUUACACCUAUGCCAUUUUUAAUUACGAUGUUAUUAAUUGGUCAGCUCAUACUGAGGCCGGCGGUGAUACGACACAUGGUGAAGGUGGUGUGCCAGCUUUUGUUGGCUUCAAUGCUGGUAAUGGCACGCGAUCCUACGAAUACAAACCGUACAGUCAAAAUAUGGUGAUACGUGAUUUGACUGGUCGUGGAUGGGGUAAUGGUUUCCCUGGACGUCACAUUUUCCGUUUGGAUGAGGAGAUUUUAAUUGGGUCGUGUAACAAGGAUAUUGAUGCUGCCAUUCUACCUUUGACCUUUGCCCCCGAAUCUGGCAACAUGCUGGGCGGCACCGUUGUCAACAUUACCGGCCCCUGCUUUGAUCCCAAUGUACGUGUCAUGUGUCACUUUGAUACGGAAGAUGUACUUGGCCAAUAUGUGGAUAGAAAUCGUGUCAUCUGCGUACAGCCAUACCUGAAGGCCGAGGGCUAUAUACGCUUUGAAAUUUCCGUUGGUAAUGAGCGUUUUAAAUGGCGUGGUAAAUACUUUGUAGAAACACCUGCGGCUGCCACUGAGAAAAUCUUCUUUGAAACCGAUGAUGUCCACAAAAAAGCCCCCAAGGAAAUUCGCAUUAAUUGGAAUGCCUACAAUUUAACCUCAAAUGCCAAUGCCAAUAUUAUGAUAUCCCUGUGGGGCUAUCGUGAAACCACAAUUCAUCCCCAAUUGGAAUAUAUUGAUGUCAUUGAAGCAUCGGCCAGUAAUACCGGACACUAUAUUAUUUCGCCACAAAACUACAUCAACCGCAAUAACAUUAACAACGAUCUGCAAUUUGGUUUCAUUCAAAUCAAUUUAACCGAUCCACAGCAAUAUAAUAAUUUGAAAAUCAGUCCUCUACUCUGGUCCCGACCCAUCCCUUUGGCAUGGUACUUUGGUCCACAAUGGGAGCGUAAAUAUGGUUAUAAAUGGCCCAGAGCUUUGUGUGAUAAUUGGAUUCGUAACGAUAGAUUUUUGAGAAAUUUCGCUGCUGACUUACCCCUGUGUCCUUGCACUCUGGAACAGGCCGUAUAUGAUAAGGGUCGUUACAGGCCAGACCGUGAUUGUGACAAGGACUCAAAUCCAACAUGUUUGCGUCACAAGGGUGCCAUCCAUUGUGUGGUCAGUGGAACGCCAACUGCUCAAGGUGCCGAACAACAAUGCUGUUACGAUCGUUAUGGAUUCCUUAUGCUGUCACAGGAUCAAGUAUGGGGUUCACGGCCACGACGCAUUCACAACUUAGGUAAAAUGCCCUGGAACGAAGCUAGUAAAGUGCCCACGCUCUCAACAUGGUUCCACGAUAUGCGUCCCUUCUAUUCGUGCUGUUAUUGGCAAGAAGAACAGGCAGUCGGUUGUGAAACCUAUCGUUUUGAACGACGUCCAUCCCAAGAUUGUGUAGCCUAUCAGGCUCCCGGUGUUGCAGGUGUCUUUGGUGAUCCUCAUUUCAUUACAUUCGAUGGUACUCAAUAUACCUUUAACGGGCUGGGUGAAUUUGUUCUAUCGCGUAGUGUUGAUGCCGAUCAGAGAUUUGAAGUACAGGGUCGAUUUGAACAAGUACCAAAUAAUGUAUAUGGUCCAGUACCUGCUACCCAAUUGACUGCUUUGGCUAUGCGUGGUAAUACAACAACAACAAUUGAAGUGCGUAUCCGUCCUCAACAUGCUCGCUGGCGUUACAAGAUGGACGUUUUGGCCGAUGGUCGUCGUGUCUACUUUGAUCGUGAAUCGCUGAAAUUCCAACAUUUUGAUGGUGUCACUGUUUAUACCCCUACCUAUUUGUUGAAUCAGUCCCAGGUUGUGGUUAUGUUUGAUUCUGGUAUUGGUGUGGAGGUAAUCGAAAAUGAGGGCUUUAUGACGGGUCGUGUUUAUUUGCCAUGGAACUUUAUUAACAAAACCGCCGGCUUGUUUGGCAACUGGAGUUUCAAUCCCAUGGACGAUUUCACUUUACCCAAUGGCCAGGUGCUGAAUAUCAAUCCCACCGACUUUAAAUCGAUUCACAAUCAAUGGGCCAUGCAUUGGAUGUUGGCUGAUCGUGAUUUGCCUGGCUUGGGAGCUGCUUUGUUCACACGAGAAUUUGGUCGUACAGCAAGUUACUUUUCAAAUGCCUCCUUUGUGCCGAAUUAUAUACAGGAGCCGGCCAACUUCCUGCCAGCAAAUCGAUCAUAUGAUAUUGAAAAAGCCGAAGAUCUGUGUGGAGAAUCGUAUCAGUGUCGAUAUGAUUAUGGCAUGACGCUAAAUCGAGAUUUGGCCCACUUUACGAAAAAUUAUUACGAUAGUUUGAUUAAUAUAAGGACAUUGAAUUCACAACGUGUGGUAUCCUGCGGUGUCUUGGAAACACCUCGUUUUGGCCGUAAAUUGAGUUUCAAUUUCAUGCCCGGUGCCAAGGUAUCAUUUGAAUGUAACGAAGGUUUCGUUCUAAUUGGCGAUCAAAGACGUGAAUGCUUGUCCAAUGGUUUGUGGAAUAUUCCGGAAUACGGUUAUACAACUUGUCUACGUGAAGUUUUCUAUACCCGACGUGUGGCUUUCAUAGCAAUUGGCAUUAUCAUAGCUGUUAUCCUGCCCCUUAUGCUGUGCAUUGUUUGUGGUGUCUAUCGUUUCCGUCAGAAACAAUUGAAGGAGGAUCCUCAAUGGCAAAUGACGUUGCCCCGUUCUCGUGCCUCAUCGCGUACCAACCUCCGGGCUCUGAAUGCAAAUGGCGAUUAUGACAGCGAUACGGAUGCAACGGGAACUCUUAAGAAAAGUAGGUCAUAUGAUAAAGUUUAUCGAACGAAUGAACCAUUACCGGGCAAACCACGCAUUGAUUUUCCAGCUAAAAAAUGGGAUCUGGACGAUGGGGAUGUGACAUCAUCAGAAGGUAGUGAAAAUAAAGAUACAAAAUUAGCAAAGGAUAUUGAAUACAUUAAUAAAACAGGUGAGAAGCCGAAGCAGAUGGGUCGUCGUUCGUUGCGUGGCGUAUCGGGUACGGAUCAGGAUCAGUUGCCGGAACAUGACGAGCAUGAUGAGCAGCAUCAGGGCGCUGGAGUUGAUCACAAUGAACAUGAUGAUGAUGGUGUGGGUGUGCCACACCCGGCGGGUUAUCAUCAACCACCCUCACCCGAGGCUGAUGAGCAUGAUGAACAUGGAUUGCCGUUGCAUCAACAACCACACCCGGCCAGUGGCGUCGCUCAGGGCCAGUACAGUCCAACAUUUAGUGGUGCCGAUAGCAGUUUCAGUGGUGAAAGUUAUCAUCCCAAUAACCCGCCAGCAACACGUUAUGGCGGUGUACCCGUAUUGCCGAAUGCCAAUAGUCAGUAUUUCAAUAGGCCACCAUCUAGUUUGCCACUGGCAGGAACAACUACUGCCCCAGCUCCAGUGCGUCCGGCCCCCAUUGUGGGUACUCCUCUGACCCAGGAUAAUGGUUUGCCUUCACCUCCCCAUGCAGCAUCCCCCACCCCAUCUGCCCUUAACCAAAGAUCCACUGAAGUCUAA